CCUAGGUCUGCGCGGAGCGGCGGCCGCUUCCCGCUGGACUGCGGCUUCAGGAAGAGGAGAGCUUCAAGUGUUCUUCGGAAGCUGGAGUUGCUGGUUCCUUACUUGCCUGUGUUUUUUUCUUGGUUUUUUUUUUUUGGUUUUUUUUUUUAAUUUUCUUUUUUUUUUCCUCCCCUCCCCCCUUAAUGAUUUGUUUCGCGUGUCUCUCGAGGGAACGUCUUAGGAAUGGUCAUUUUUAGCAGUGGAAUCUGCUGCGCAAAGGAGGAUUAUAACAAAUCUCUAUGAAUGAUAGACUCGAUUGCUAAACCUUGCCUUGACCAACCUUCUGACCCUCGGAGAAAACUCUCAGGGUGUGCGUGGGAAGGAAAAAGCUUUCCCACUUGAAAAUAAACUUGAUAAAAAGGACUUGAUUUUUUUUUUUUUUGAGAGCCUAACUGAUUUAUAAUUACUUUUUUUUUUCUUUUUGUCCUGUUUUGUGAUAAGUUGUUUUUAAAAGGAUUGUCCUACGUGGUUGUUUUGUAACUGGUGGAGGAAGGAAGGAUCCCUCUCAAGCGUUUCUGAUAUGACAGCUUUGGUUUCUGAAGAGUUAAGUGGUGUUUGCAUGAUACACCUAUUGCUAGUCUGGUAGCAGAGUUUUAUUUGCUUUUUUUUUUUUAUUAACUGGGGCUGGUGGAGAGGGCUCUCUUGGCCAGAAGAAUAUUUGCACAUAUAUAUUUGUAUAUAUUUUUGGUGGGGUUCUCCCCACAUUUUACUCUUUCUUGAUGACUCCUGGAGGUGGUAGUGGGCCCAUGAAAGACUGUGAAUACAGUCAGAUCAGCACACACAGCUCUUCGUCUCCCAUGGAGUCUCCCCAUAAGAAAAAGAAAUCAGUUCCCAAGAGAAAAUGGGAGGUUUUUCCUGGAAGAAACAAGUUCUUCUGCAAUGGGAGGAUCAUGAUGGCUCGACAGACUGGAGUCUUCUACCUGACUCUUGUUCUCAUCUUGGUCACCAGUGGCCUCUUCUUUGCAUUUGAUUGCCCAUAUUUGUCAGAGAAGAUUACGCCUGCUAUACCUGCAAUUGGUGGGAUUCUUUUCUUUUUCGUGAUGGGGACCCUGCUGCGUACUAGUUUCAGUGAUCCUGGUGUCCUCCCCCGCGCAACACCAGAUGAGGCAGCAGAUCUAGAGAGACAAAUAGGUAACACUGAAGAUAUAGCAAAUGGCUCCAGUUCAGGAGGAUAUCGCCCCCCUCCCAGAACAAAAGAAGUGAUCAUCAAUGGACAGACAGUGAAACUAAAAUAUUGUUUUACUUGCAAGAUUUUCCGCCCACCUCGUGCCUCACAUUGCAGCCUUUGUGAUAACUGCGUAGAACGGUUUGAUCACCACUGUCCCUGGGUAGGCAACUGUGUGGGGAAAAGAAACUACAGAUUUUUUUAUAUGUUUAUUUUAUCUCUGUCCUUUCUGACAGUCUUUAUAUUUGCAUUCGUUAUCACCCACGUCAUCCUUCGUUCUCAACAAACAGGGUUCCUCAAUGCUCUGAAGGACAGUCCUGCAAGUGUGCUGGAAGCUGUGGUGUGUUUUUUCUCAGUAUGGUCCAUUGUUGGCCUCUCAGGUUUUCAUACGUAUUUGAUCAGCUCCAAUCAAACAACAAAUGAAGAUAUUAAAGGAUCAUGGUCAAAUAAAAGAGGUAAAGAAAACUAUAAUCCCUACAGUUAUGGCAACAUCUUUACUAAUUGCUGUGCUGCUCUCUGUGGGCCCCUCUCUCCAAGCUUAAUUGACAGAAGAGGAUUUAUACAGCCAGAUACACCGCAAUUAGCAGGACCAUCAAAUGGCAUUACCAUGUACGGGGCCACACAAUCUCAGAGCAACAUGAAUCUAGGUUGGAAAAGACCUUUGAAAUCGAGUCCAGCCUAUGACCAAACACCGCCUUGUCAACUAGACCAUGGCAUUAAGUGCCACAUCCAGUCUUUUCUUAAAGACCUCUAGGGAUGGUGACUCCACCAGCUCCCUAGGGAGCCCAUUCCAAUGCUCAAUCACCCCAUCUGUGAAGAACUUCUUCCGAAUGUCCUCCCUUGGUGCAGCUUAAGACAUUGUCCUCUUGUCCUGUCACUGGUUGCCUGGGAGAAGAGCCCAACCCUCACCUGGCUAAAACCUCCUUUCAGGGAGUUGUAGAGAGCAAUGAGGUCUCCUCUGAGCCUCAUCUUCCGGCUAAACAACCCCAGCUCCCUCAGCAGCUCCUUACAUGAGUCAGUGACUCGUGGCUUUCUAAAUACAAUUCUUGUGCUUCACCCAACAAGUCUCUUGUCCCUCAUUAAAUCUCUAUGGGUUGCUUAGUAUAAUAUUCUGUUUUCAUUUAUUUUAAUGAAUCUUCUAACACAGUCAGUUUUGCAGUUAACUUCAAAAUAAAUAUCCGGCUAAGUAAAAGUAAAGUUGCCAGACACUGGUUUUCAGCACAAUACAUUAUCUCUUAUUCAGGAUACCAUUUGUGGGGCACACUUUUUGUAUUUAACAGCUUUCAUAGUAAUUUUGCCUCUGAGACUAUGAAUAUUUCAUACUGGAUCUACCCUACUUGUGGUAGUGACCCAGUUUGUCACAAUCUCAGAAAGUCAGAGUCGUGGCUGUAAUCAGUGCUUGGUAGACCCAUCCUGUGAUUUUGGGUUUUUUCUAGAUCUUUAUCGAAGAUUUUUAGAAGUUUAGAACUUUAUAGAAGUUUUUCUCAUGUUCUCUCUGUCGUAUCUACCUUGUUUUACCAAAAGCUGAAUCCGUGUUUACUUCCAUGAAGGCUGGAAGCACAUACAGUUAUUUUCCUGGUGCAUUCCCAGUGUUUUUAAUUUAUUUUCCAAUAUAAUUUGAAAUUAGUCUGGUAAAUUCAUUAGCCAACUUCUUAAUAUCCUUAUCCACAUGAAAAGCAUGGUCACUUGGAGCUCAUAAUAUGUAGAUCUGGUAAUUUCUCAAGUAUUUCCCUAUUGCAUUUUAUUGCUGAUUAUUUUUAUGAGCUCGUCAUUAGUUUGAUUACCCAAGUAAUUUCCUUAUUCUGAAGAAUUUUUUUUGUAUGAAGCACAAUAUCUCACCCAUUAUGAAAUAAUAUUUUUCUCUGUAAUUUAUUCUUUCUCUUGCAUUUUAAAGUUUAUUUUCUUUGUGUUCUGAAAAAAGUUCUUAUUUACCCAUAAACUCAUCAGUUACUAAUACUUGGGUCUGGACCACUGUAAUACUUAAUUUUACCUUAAAAGCUGGAGUUGAUUCUUGGGGUUUGAUAUAGGGUAUUUUAUUCUUUAGUAAUCCAUUAGGAGGAAACACAGAAUCUGUCUCACUCCAUGAAGUUUUUUAGAGGGAUUAGUUUGGCUUAUAUUCACUUUUAUGUCUCUAGGAAUUCUCUAAUCCGUUAUAAAGUGAUAGACUUUGCUUCUGUUUGACUGUGUCAGGACAGGUUUAUUUCCUUGUUUUUUAAAAAUGUUCUUAUAUUCCUGCAUUCCUAGGCAUCUCUUCCUCAGUGUAUAGGUAGCUCUGUGUGUACCAAAUUCACUUGUUUCUAGUUCUCCAUUUCCUUUCAAUCAAGAAUUUCAAGAUGCAGAUUCUUUAAAGUGUUUUCUUACGUAUAUGUACUACUGAAAACUGUAGGAACUCUAGUGCACGCACAACGUUUAUUACCAGUGAUAAGUGCAGGAAAGUCCUGUCCUACAUGUUCGCUUAAGUAUUUCUGUUACUGAUCUGGAAACAGAUCCAGCUGACUCAGGGAACAUUAACUCUGACCAUCCUGGUGUACUUUUUUCCUUUGCUUUUCAUAUUUUCAUUAUUAGGAGUAAGUAUUUCUAUCAUGACAAUAACAGAAUUGGCAAGGACCGAGUUUUGCAAUGUGUUUCCUUGUAUAUUUACUGAUGUACUUCCCAGAUGCCCAAAACAGAACUCAGGGCUCUUACCAAGUCAACAUUACCACAGUCAAGGUUGAUAGAGGUUUUUCAUUAAUGCAUUUUACUUCAUGGCUAAAAUGGCACAUGCAGGUAAAUAAAUUUCAGCAUUUUGCUUUUGGUUAAGAUAUGUUUUAGAGUAGUUCUUUUGAUAGAGCAUGUUUACUGCAUUUUUAUUCACAUCUCAGAGCAGUGUCAGAGCACAUGAACUAGAUUUAUUUAAGAAGAUACACCCCUGGAAUGCACCCAAAUUGCUCUAAGCUUUCUCAGACUUUCAGUCCAUAAGAACAAACAGUCUCCAAUCUGAAGUAAAAGUCUCUGGGCCAAGUGCUGGUUCCUGUUUGGCUUCAGAAGUGUUUCCCUUCAUAGAUCUACUCCUCAUGCACUGUACUGCUUGAUAGUGAAGCCAUUGGCUUGGUGGGGUUUGUGGCUCAGUUGUUGCACAAUAUCCCCAGUACAUUGAUUUUGAAUGUGAAAUCCUACACCUGCUGGGAACAGUUACACAGCUCUACCCCUCCGCUCUUCACCCAUUUCUUUAUCCAGAAUAUUUCAGCAUCCUUCCUGCAACUUCAUCCCACUGUAAGCCUCCUCUGAACUCCUUUUUUGUUUGUACUUUAUUCAGAGAUUGUGAGACUAUUUAACCUACUUUUCUCCAUUUUUGAGAACUGUAACAAUUCUUGAAUGUUACUAUAAUCUAGGAAAUUUUAAACUGAGUUUUUUUAAUAUUUAAAGUAAAUAAUUCUGAUUAUUUUGAAGUAAUCACAUUUAGAAAUGUGAAAAAUAGAUUUCCGUAUACAACGUUAUAAUGUGUUUUCUGUGUAGCUUAGAAAAAGCAUACUUUCUUUAGAAAAAAAGAAAAAUAUUUUUCUUUAGUUGUUUGUAUUUAUUAUUUGUGAAAUAAACACAGAAUUCAAGGUUUUGUUCAAUUUGCUUUAAUUUGUGCCUUUUUAUGUGGAAAUAAAUAGAUAUCUAAAAAAUUCUGUGCAUAUAUUUAGUUCAACUUCUGUACUUGUAGAACUUACUAAACUUCUUACCUUCAGAAUCUGCUGUUUGUCUGAAACAGUAGAAAUUUUAAGUGAAGAAUAAAGUCAGCAUACCUGAAAUAAGAAGAUGUUGGUGGAAUAAUUUUUGAGUAGAUUUUUAGGUAUUUAUAGAUUUCAAUGCUUAUCUUCCUUUUUCUUACAAUCAUGGGCUCUCUUAGUUUCAUUUGAAAUUCUGAUUUUGGAUAAUUCAUGUGAUUAGUAGCAGCUAAGACUUCCUGCCCUAAAUUUUAUUCAGUCAAGAGUGAAAUAAUGAAAUCGAGGAAAAACCACCAUGCCAACCCUAGAACAAAUCUGAUUUCCUUGCUUUACUUUUGUGUUGUCUGUUUAGAGUCAAGAAUAGUCUAUCUGUAUAUUAUGUGUUUUUAUCAGAUGUUUUUGAGAGCCUCAUAGAACACACAUAUGUUUUCUGGCUUAGAGCCUGCUUUCAAAAGCUCUUUACAGCCUGUAUUUUCCUAAGGAUUUUGUGCUGAUCACUGUUGAGCAGACAAGAAGAAGAAAACGUGAAAUUUAUCUAAAUGAAAGGAGGAGCUUUAGGGAAGUGACAAGUGCAUGGAAAAUGAAGAGAUAUAUAGCACCUGAAGUUCAUAACACUAAUGGAGUUUUAUGAGGCUGCUUUAUCUUUUCUAUAUUGGUUUGACUGAAAUGCAGUAGAGUUCUAUAAGAAGAAAAUUAAUUCAAACUAUACAAUGAGUUCAGUUAUCUUCAGCUAAUACAAAGCUGUGUACUUGUAUAGCCUGGAACAUGUUAAUGAUUGCCUUUUGAAGAUCAGAGCUGAAGGUUCACUAAAGCAGUAAGUCAGCUGCUAACAUUAUUUGUUUUCAGUGUACCCUAGUGAUUAUAAACAUUCCUAUAUAAAAGGAUACUGCCUUUUAGAGAAAAUAGGUUUUGUUGGUCUUUUUGAAGUUUGAAAAUUCAGUUAACAUAUUUUUAAGGUCUGAUAGUAAGGUUGGUUGAAGUUUUAAUUUAAAUAAGUAGGCGUGAAUAACAGGAUAUUAAUCAAGAAUGAGUUAUUCACACUGAAUUACUAAUUGAAAGCUUUACUUUAAAAGAUGCUGACAGUUUUCUUCUUAGUAGGGUACUUAAGCAAGGUUAUGGCUUUAAGACUGUGAGUAAUCCCUCUGAAAUGAUAGGGAACCACUUCAGUUGCUUGGCUGAAGCUGUUCAUCAUUUUGUGGGGGGAAGAUUGCUUGGAAUUUAUAUGAACUCAAUUUAUGUAACAGGUCAGUCGGUUUAUCUUUCUGAAAGCAGAAGUAAGGAUUGAGUAAGGAUUGAGCUUCUGCCUAUCAAAAGUAAUUGGUCUGGGAGUCCUAAACCACUUAGAUGUGUUUUAAACACUACCUGUCUAUUAUGACCAAGUAGGCUGCUUGCUGAAAGUGUGCAUCCAUCAUUAAGUUAUUCAGUGGUGAAACUGGAGAACCUAAUUUUCUCCUAUUUGGAGAAAAUAACAGAGGAAGCAUUGUUAAUCCUGGUUUUCAAUACCAUAAAGGAGGCAAAAGUCUUCCCAUAAGUUUUCAGAGAGUGUGUCACAGUGGCUUAUUAAACUCAAAUGGGCAUUUUAGGGAAUUGCUGUAAAGUUGGUAAUGAUGGUUAUGGUCAGGAAUAUCUGAACAGACGAUGAAUCUGUAAUAUGUAGUAAUUAGAUAAAAAUCUAAGAAGUCAGUCAGAGAGCAGAACAUAUUGCUUUAACAGAAUACUUGAAAUAAUAGUGAGUAGGAUGUCUUACCUCUCUGGAUAUAUCUUUUAUUCCACUUGCUUGCUUCUUUGCAUUUGUAGCUGUGUUCACUGAUUGUAGUGAUUUUCUUACCCAGCAGAACAGUACUAUGGCAAAUGAAUCUAACAAGAUUUUGAAAAACUGCAAUGUUAUAAAUGAUCAGGCUAUGAAUUAAAUAUCAUUUCAUUAGAAACUCUUGAAAAUCAUGCCAAUUCAUGUUAAAGAAACUUAAUUUGGCAGUAGGUAUACCACCCACUUAGCUAGCUGGAUAUUACUGAAAUACAUACCUGUCUUGUCAUCUCAAGGAAUGAGUGGUAAUUUUGUAUAAACAGUUCUUAGGAAUAAUGUAGAGCCAAAAAAAAAUUACUGGUAACACUCACUGAGCUUAAUUGGAUUUAUAUAAUGCUGAAUUUGGCUUGUUUUUGAGACAGUGCUUGCCAGAAAACUUGUGUUUUGUACCUUGAUUUGUCACAUUGUCAGGAUUAAUCAAGAAACAGCCUAAAAAUCAUUAAGGUUGAUCUCGAUGCAUCUGCAGUGCUGCAUGGUUUCUACACAUCCUCUGGAAUAUGGAAUAUAGUGUAGGACAUUCUCUGGAAUUCAUAUAUAAUGUUUUAAAUUGUGAGGCAAAAACAUUUUACUCAUAGAGCUUUAUUAUUAGCUGUGUAAGAUAUCUGUGUCAAAAGAAUUCUUGUUCUGGAAAACGUCUGUGGUAGGUUAAUUCCUACAUGUGAAGACCAAUUAAAAGAGGAAAUUUGCCAGGUGUUUUUAAAAUGAACACUGUAAAUAUAUAUCAUAAUUUACUUCAGUAAUAAUCCAAAGCAUUGGCUCAGUUAUGCAUGCCUUUCUUAUUUUUUUUCCUGGGCAGCAUGCAAUGGGAUGUUUGGGUGGCUAACCAUGGAAUGAUACUAAUGGCUUUCUUUUUUUUCUCUUCACAUCCCAUUCUUUUCCAUACCUUUUUUUAUCCAUAUUCUCCCUUUUUUUUUUCUGUUUUGUUUGCCUUAUAUGAUUUUGACACCCUUCC